CGGGUGUUAAGUCUUUUUUUUUUUUUCCUUCUUAGGCACUGUUUCACUCCCCAUCCGUCGACUCCUUGAUCAACUGAAAGAGGAGAGAAAUGAGUUUAGAUUCCGCUCGUUCGGGCGGCGAUUCAUCAAAGAGAAGCCUCGCCGAUUCACCCGCUUCCAAAAGUUCUAGCAGCAGCAAUUCUAAGAGGAGCAAAACCAAUAGCAAGGAGAAAGCCCUAGGAAUGGCUUGGGGCGCCAAUUCUGUCUCCUCCUCUCGCUCCUCUUCCCGCAGUUCCCCGUUCUCCGACUUUGGGAGUUAUAUGUUGGAGAAGACGCGGAAACUUCGCCAACAAUUCGAUGCUGAAGCUUCUAAUUCUUCAGAUUCGAGUUCCAAAAACCCCCUUUUUCAUGGGGUUUCUAUAUUCAUUGAUGGAUUCACCAUUCCGUCAAAUCAGGAACUGCGGAGCUACAUGUUGAUGUAUGGAGGAAGAUUUGAGAAUUACUUUUCCAGGAGUCGAGUUACCCAUAUCAUCUGCAGCAAUCUGCCCGACUCUAAAAGGAAGAAUAUGAGGUCCUUCAGUGCGGGAUUGCCAGUGGUCAAACCUGCAUGGAUUUUGGAUUCCGUGUUUGCCAAUCGGCUCUUGGAUUGGGUUCCUUAUCAACUUGAUCAGCUUUGCGGCAACCAACCUCCGGUUUCAGCUUUCUUUUCCUCUAAACGCAGCUCAAUGGUUCAAGAUACUUUGGAAGUUGCUGGUCGUCAGUUGAACAUGGAUAGAUCUUUCAAAGGAGGUGCAUCAAAUUAUGUAGAUCUUCCUGAAUUACAUGAAUCACUGGUUGUUACUGAGCAAGAUGCUUUGAUAGUUAGAGAUCGUCAUGUGAAUGCGGACUCAUCUAGGCAAGUUGGUACAGGAAUGAAUGACGAAUUUUCUGAUAUGCUUGACUGCAUAAGUGUUACCAGCAAUGGGAAUCCACAAAAUGGUAGCCAGAAUUGUGAUAUUGAGGAACCAACUGGUAGCAAAUCCUCGGAUGUAAGGAUGGAAGUACCUGGUAAUUCUGACACAGAAUGUGAAACAACUCUAGCCAGCAGAUUGCAGCUUACCCCUGAAAAACUCCAUGGCUCAGUUGGCACGCAUGGUGCAGAUAAUAAAAAUCCAACUGCAUCAAGUUCAGGUGUUAUUGGACUCUUUAAUCAACGCCACUCAACCCUUGGGGAUCCCAAUUUUGUGGAGAAUUAUUUCAAGAGUUCAAGGCUGCACUUCAUUGGAACAUGGAGAAGUCGAUAUUGGAAGCGUUAUGGUAGCAGAUCCAAUGAUUUGAAAACUCAAAAUGCAAACUGUUGUGUCCUAGAUGCUUCUUACAAGACUGCUGUUAUCCAUAUUGAUAUGGACUGCUUCUUUGUCUCUGUUGUCAUCAGAAAUCACGCUGAGCUACAAGAUAAACCUGUAGCAAUAUGCCACUCCGACAAUCCAAAAGGAACUGCUGAAGUAUCCUCGGCAAACUAUCCUGCCCGGAGCUUUGGUGUGAAAGCUGGAAUGUUUGUUAGAGCAGCAAAAGCUCGUUGUCCGCACCUUAUCAUUUUCCCGUACAACUUCCAAGCUUAUGAAGAGGUAGCUGAUCAGUUCUACAAUAUCUUGCAUAAGCACUGCAGCAAAGUACAGGCGGUAAGCUGUGAUGAAGCAUUUUUGGAAGUGACAAUUUCAACGGGAUUGGACCCUGAGUUCCUAGUUUCAAGGAUAAGAAAUGAGAUCCUCGAGACUACUGGCUGCACAGCAAGUGCUGGUAUUGCUGGAAAUAUGCUUAUGGCACGAUUAGCUACAAGAGCUGCCAAACCCAAUGGUCAAUGCUGCAUUCCACAAGAGAGGGUUGAAGAGCAUUUACAACUACUUCCAAUCAAGGCUCUUCCGGGAAUAGGACAUGUCUUGGCGGAGAAAUUAAAGAAACAUAAUAUCCAGACUUGCGGACAGUUGCGUAUGAUUUCCAAGGUCAUGCUAAUGCUAGAGACUCUUAGAAGGGACUUUGGAGCGAAAACUGGAGAGAUGCUGUGGAAUCAUAGUAGGGGGCUAGAUAAUCGGUUGGUUGGAGUAACUCAGGAAAGCAAGUCUAUUGGUGCUGAAGUAAAUUGGGGCGUCAGGUUCAAGGCUUUGGAAGAUAGUCACCGUUUUCUGGCGGAUCUUUGUAAGGAGGUUUCGCUUCGUUUGUUGGGAUGCGGAGUGAGAGGGCGCACUUUUACUCUCAAGAUUAAGAGAAGAAGGAAAGAUGCCGGGGAGCCAGUUAAGUACAUGGGCUGUGGGGACUGUGAGAAUUUGAGCCACUCCAUGACAAUUCCGAUUGCAACUGAUGACAUUGGAGUGCUCCAAAGAAUAACAAAGCAGCUUUUUGGGUGCUUCCACCUAGGCAAGUCAGCCCAAUAUAGUUACAUGUUCUCCUGUUCUUUUCAGUGACUGAACCUUUUGAAUCAAUUUUACACAGAUGACAGGGAUAUCCGUGGUGUUGGCUUGCAAGUUUCCAAGCUGGAAAAUGCAGAUGCUUCUAAUCAAGGGCUUGAAAGGAGUUCUUUGAGAUCCUGGCUCCUCUCUGCUUCAGCAACUAAAGUGGCACAGAGGGGUGCCACUAAUGUUAUCAAACGAAGUGCUAGAGAUUCUGACAUUAAUAGCAAUGAAGGAACUUCCUGUCAAUUAUUUCCUGGAGAAAUCGGCUCUUCUGGUAUAAUGGACAACAAUGAUCAACCUUGUGAAAGUGAAGAUGUCUCUGCUUCGCCAUCUUUAUGUGAUCUUGAUGUUGGAGUUGUCGAGGAUCUUCCACCAGAAAUCUUUUCAGAGUUGAAUGAUAUUUAUGGAGGGAAGUUGAUACCUCUUAUUAAUAAAUGUAAGGGGAAAACUGAAAGCUUCAGUGACUCGUCAUGCAUUCCUGAUUGUGGAUAUGCUGAAGGAGAACCUGACUAUGUUGUAGGAGUUGAUAUGUCCAAUAUGGUGUCGCCAAGCAGUUCACUAGUGGACGCAGAGGUUGAUACAUCGGUGUUGCACCAAUUACCUGAAGAGUUGAGAGUUGAUUUGGUCGGACUGCUUCCAGCACAUAGGAAUCGAGAGCCACCAUCAAAUGCUGUCUUUGAGGCUCAUGCAGAUAACGCUGAAGAGUCAUCAGUUGUCAGCACAACCGACAAUGAAUCCACAUCACUCCCCAAUGAUUUAAACAGUGAUCUGAUGAUUGGAAAUCCGCCAAAAUGGGUUGAGAAGUUUAGAAUCAGCAAUUGCCUGAUACUAAACUCUCUAGCAGAGAUGUACUACAAAUGGGGGCCAACUAAAAAUCUGUCUCCUCUGUUGCUUCAUUUAAUUUCUGAAUGUGUGUAUCCUCUAAAUGAAGACGAUGUUUGGGGUGAUGAAGCUAGUUGCGACCUUUGCACCCUUCUUAAGCUGUACAUUAAAGUAAACCUGGCAUCAGACAUGGAAGAGAUAUACGUUUGCUUUCGGCUUCUCAGAAGGCUCGGGGAGAAGUCAAAACUUAUUUCACAAGUGUACAAUAUUGUCCUUCCCGAUCUUCAGGUUCGCACCGGAAGUGUUACUACUUAUAUUGUCAUGCUCAUUGCUUUACUGAUUGAAGAUUGGUGAGAUAUGUAUGCAAUGUCGUGAUGGUAGUCUAGGAAAUUAUGAAUGCUUGAUCUUCCUAUGACAUUCAGAAUGAUUUGAGCUUAACUUGAUAUCUGCUAGGAGCUUCACUAGUACUCUAACCACCUACUUAGAUUUAGCCUGCUCUCAUUUGACUUGGCAGGAAUCUUUCCGUAAAGUUUAUGGUGGAUAUUUGAAACUUUAAUCAUGGUUGCUCCUGCAACUGAGAAGCUCAGGUGCGUGAAGUUGCGCACUUCUAUUUUUUUGGGAAGGAUGAUCUGGCAUGCAAAGUCUAUUUUAUGCCAUCCCAAGUUUUGUUGAGAUUGAAUGGUGUGAAGAUGUUGUCCGAAUAGAUACUUCCAACAUCCAUCCGUGAAGAUCAUCUAUGAGUCCUUUCAGGCAUCAGUACUAGAUUCAGAAUGCAACUAUUGAGGAGUUGGUGCAACUGAUCCCCGCAAAAGGUAGGAUCUGAUCGUAAGGACAAGUUUAUUUCCAAAUGUAUGGCUAUUGCCUUAUUGGCAUGGUCGGGAUAGGUUGAUUUUUUUCGCUAGCACAUGUUUACAUAAUUACAUUCAUAUAUGAACUAGUGAAGUCUCCUCUGUCCUUUGCCCAGAAUACUUGAAGAUUCCCCUUUAUGCAACCUAUUGUACUUGGAACAUUGCGCAAUAGAACUUUUCUCACU